AUGGUCCUCCAGAAUGAACUCCACUUCGUACUGGUGCCACUCAUGUCACCCGGCCAUAUGAUUCCCAUGCUGGACCUCGCCCGACUGCUCGCCAAGCUGGGGGGGGUUAUGGUCACCUUCGUCACCACGCCCGUCAAUCUCUCCCGGAUCGAGGCUGUCAUCAGCCGGAUGAAGGAAUCAGACCUCCCCGUCCGGUUCCUCUCGCUUCAAUUACCGUGCAAGGAGGUGGGGCUGUCGGAGGGUUGCGAGAACCUCGACCUCCUCCCUUCGCCAAUGUCGCUGCACAACUUUCUCGCCGCGACAAAGAUGCUGGAGGAGCCGCUGCGGCUUCACCUACAACAGAGUUCGCCUCGGCCCAGCUGCAUCAUCUCCGACUUCUGCCAUCCAUGGACUCGCCACGUUGCGCGCGACCUCGAGGUGCCCAGGUUCGACUUCUACAGCAUGCCCUGCUUCGCCCUGCUCUGCGAACACAACCUCAAUGUUCGAAGGAUGGACGACGGCGUGGGCGGCGAGGACGGGCUACCCAUCGUCGUGCCGGGUUUGCCCCUCCGCGUCGAGGUCGCCAGGGUCCAGGCGCCGGGGUUCUUUCCGAGGCCAGAGUGGGCCUGGAUGGACGACGAGAUACGGGAGGCUGAGUCAGUGUCCCACGGGGUGGUCGUCAACACCUUCGCAGAACUUGAGCCCGAGUUCCUAGAUCUCUAUGAGAGGACCUCAGGAAAGAAGGUAUGGGCCGUAGGGCCCGUGUCUCUGUGCAACGAGCUCGCCAUCGAUCAGGCAUCGAGGGGCGAUAAGGCGGCGAUCGACGUGGAGAAAUGCGUUGCUUGGCUCGACGCCAUGAAGCCGCGAUCGGUGCUUUACAUUAGCUUCGGAACCCUGGUCAGAUCUUCUUUAGCUGUGCUUGUAGAUCUCGGGUUGGGGCUGGAGGCCACACGACGCCCGUUCAUAUGGUCGAUCAAAGCCGGAGGCAUCCAGGCAGAGGUGGAGGAUUGGCUCGCCCAAGGGUUCGAGGAGAGGACGAGAGAUCGGGCCCUCAUCAUCAGGGGUUGGGCGCCUCAGGUGACGAUUCUGUCGCAUCCCUCCAUCGGGGGAUUCCUCACUCACUGCGGGUGGAACUCGUCCUUGGAGGGAAUCACGGCCGGAGUCCCAAUUCUAACAUGGCCGGGGUUUUCAGAACAGUUCCUCAACGAACGCCUCCUGGUAGAUGUACUGAGAGUGGGAGUCCCGACCGGAGUGAAGACGCCUGUCUGGGAUGGAACAAUAGCCGACGGAGACCUCCAGCUGAAUAGGGAGGAGAUACAGAAAACCGUGGAGAGGUUAAUGGACGCCGGAGUAGAGGGAGAAGAGAGGAGGAGGACGGUCACAGAGUUGAGCAAGCGAGCGAGGAGCGCAAUGGAGGUUGGAGGAUCGUCGCACCUGAGCCUGACGCGACUGAUAGAGGAGAUGAGGCUUUAUGCUCAUAAGAAGACCACGUUGGUACCGUAA